AUAGAGCCCAGUUUGGUAGGAGUCUGUUGCAGUCCUAAACUUUAGGAGAUUAGUUUCCCUUUCAGUUGGAGGAGCAGGCUAUUAAGCCUUGUAAUCGUGAUUGAUCAGGCUAAGCAAGAUUAAACCAAUUCUCUCCCAUCUCUCUCUCAAGCCGCCGGCCAGGGGGAAUAACCCGACCAGCGAAGAUCGGCGAGGGGGCAUAACCCCGCCAGUUACCACGGACUGAGACUACGAGCUACGUAGUCGGGGUCCUGCAACCUUGGGCAAGAACGCCCUUGACAAAAGGGUAGAACUGUCCUCCAAAUUAUAAUAUGUACCGCGUAGGUAUAACAAUACGUAUUAACAUCUACACGGUAUCAGCGUCUCUUUUGCGUGGUUUCUUGAAGAUUUACGUUGUAUUCGAGGCAUUAACGGUAUCAGCGUCUCUUUUGCGUCGUUUCUUGAAGAUUUAUGUUGUAUUCGAGUUAAGUCGUUUACCGCGGUGUUCUUUGAUGUUCCCUUUUGCGUAGAUUUCUCUAGAUUUACAUUGUGUUGUUAUAACACGUUACUGGCCUAAUUAUGUGAAUUUUUUCUACAUUUAUGUUUUGUUCCAACGAACACGUAAAAACCCAUACCUUAAUUCUGUUGAAAAUUAUAUUUUGUUUUCAGCAAGAGAUUUAUAUUGUGAUUCAAAAACAUGACCGGUUAAAAUAUCACCCAAGGUUAGCAUCAAUUUAAAUUAUACAUUUUAUGAAUUUAUGAUACUUGCUUCCAAUUGAACAUGCUAUGUCAAGUUAACCAACAACAUACCAACACAGGUAGCCUGACAUGAUCAUGGUGAGCAUGCUCACAAACACCCAUAUCAUAUACCCGCUAGAUAAAAUAUGCCAGAUAAACUUCAUCAACAACAGCCUUUUUACAACAAAAGGUCAUAGGUUCAACAACAGGCUAACCCUAAUAUUAGUUCAACGCAUAGCAUUCUGUACUAUUAGCCUUUUUACAUUCCAACAUUGGCACAUAUACAACCAAAAGGACCUUAGGAGUAUUCUAAUAUCGUCGUGAAACGUGCUUCUUUGCUGUCCGCUUUGUUAGAGCUACCUUCUUAGGAGUUUCUGCACUUGUGAUAUGGGUGUCUGCACAAAACUGCACAAUUAAGACAAGAGAAAUCAAAUUGCAGCCUAUAUAUAAUGCUACAUCCAUAAGGCCAAACUUAACAAAAAUUUAUGGAGAUGGAUUUAGGGCACAAUCAAUUAUUUACAAGUAGAAUUUGUCUUAGCCAACUACAUUGGGAAGAUAUAGUCAAAUAGUCACAACCAAUCAACAAAAUAGUUGAGAUGAGGACACAGCGACGAUGUCUGGAUUUAUGCCUUGAUCUUUCACGGUGCCAAACAAGAGUAGACCAAAAUUAGUCUCUCACCAAUAAAUAUAUAAUGUCCAAUAAUCACUAUAUGCAAUCUAAUUUCUAUUAAUUGAUCAAGCUGCUAAUAGAUGCAUGUGUGUACUGAAACUUUGACAAUUCAUGAUUUGAACUGCCAAGCAAAUAGCACCAGUCAUUUUGGGAUGGUAAGAACACUAGUCUUCUCAAAAUAUAAGAUUAUAGCUGUCUCAGUAAAAAUAUACGAUUCAUUUUCUGGUAGCCAUCAUCUAGUAUUGGAAAAAGACAUGGAAAUGACUAGUGGUGAGGGAGCAAGAGGUGCUAUGUAUACAGUCCCAUGGAACUGGAAAGCAUAUGUAGAUGAAUCGCCAGAUCGGUACUGGCUCCAGAUAGAAGCAAAGGAUUUGACCGGGAAGAUAUAUUAUAGCCAACUGAGGCCAUUUUCUGUGAAUGGUUUAACUGCAAAAGUUAGGUGGACUUGGAAGGAGUUCCGUGUGAUGGGUUGUCAGUGGGGUCAGCUAUAUCAACCAAUUAUGUGGUCUACGCUUGCAUUUCUUUGUUUGCUGAUUCUUAUUCCUCGCACAUUGCUCAUGUUAUAUGAGAACCACAUGUUGAAAUGCCGUAGUUCGAAGACGGCUGCAGGUAGUUCAGGACGCCAUCUGCUGAUCAGUUUUGAAUAUUUUGCUGCUGAGCUGUCAAAGAUGUAUUCUGUAUGGUCUGGGAUGUUGAUAUAUUUGUUAUAUCUGGUCUUCUUCCCAUGGUUUGCUGGCAACGCUGUUACAGAAAAUCACAAUAAAAUGUAUCUUUAUUACAAAGGUUGGAGCACUAGUAAUCUAGCCAAUCUGAGUACAGCAGCGCCAUAUAUUGGUCUGCCUGAUGUGAUGGUUAUUGUUCUUCCUCAUCUUCUAUUUGUGGUUUUGCCUGCGUUUCUCAUUAUAGCAGCCAUAGCAGCAAAUAGGGCAGCAUAUUUGGUCCACAUCUCCCACAAGGCAAAGAAGGAUGAUGAUCACUAUGAGGAAAGAAAAUGCAUACAUCAUGUUUGGAUAUUCCGUUGCUUUAGAAGGUUUCUUAUACUUCUUUGUCUGCCAAUUGCAUGGAGACAUUGGAAGCAUUGUAGGGCUAUCGUUAGGGCAUACGAGGCUAAUCCAUUCAUGGAUGCACCUAUCUACUGCUUCGGUGUUCCACUACUUGUAUGCUUAGCUAUCUACAGGGCCUCAGCUAUAUGAGUAUCUUUUUGGGCCUUAAUAUCUUGGAGUUCACUGCAGUAGUACGUAUAGAAUGUUGUUUUUCUCGAAUACACAGGAGAUCUGCGGACAUAUUAAGAAGAGAGAUAUUUUACGGUAUUUGCAUUCCAAAAAGGGUAAAGAUCCAACGCUCCUCAAUCACAGGACUGAGGUAUUUUAUGGCUGCACUGAAGUCACUCGGACUACAUCUUGAGCCUACCCUAUGCUGCACAAAUGCUAUCUUUUAUCACACAUGGCAAGGAUUUAAAGUAUAAAUUGUACUGUACUAUGUUACUCAUAUACUAUGGCAUAUAGUGAGGGGAUGAAACUGAUGUACUGGAAAUGGAUGUCUAUUGGCUGGGGUAUUUUGCUUACUUAGUGACAUCAGAUGAAAUGAAUGCAAGCUAAAGAAUGUAGAAGCCAACUGUUAUGCUAAAGCUUUUGAGCCAUAUAAAGAAACAGUCAAUAUGGCUGGUCUUGGACCUUAUGCUGAUCUAGUUAGGCAAUUGGAUGAUGGAAGCUUCUCCUUUGAGGUGAUUAACAUAACCUUGUAAGUAAUACUAUAAUUUUGCAUUCAACUAAUACACAUGGGUUUCUGAUUCAUGCGUCACAAGAGAUGGAGAUGGUAAAAAAGGCUAAAACCAACUACGCCCACGAGCAUGCAGCCAUUAAUCAUGACUAUAGGGUAUCUGUGAACCGUGCUAAGAACAAGAUGCAUGAAGAAGCUUUAAAAAACACCAUACGGCUAAUGAAUAUCUUUGCUACAGUUUGCAAUAACCGAUCGACAAGACUAGGCAAACAAAUGGGAACUACCAUGUAUGGUGCUACCUCUACCACAUCAAUUGCCAUCCACAGCACCUAGCCCCAGCAACAAUGUGAUGACUUCUAUUCUUGCAGACACCCAUAUCACAAGUGCAGAAACUCCUAAGAAGGUAGCUCUAACAAAGGGGACAGCAAGGAAGCACGUUUCACGACGAUGUUAGAAUACUCCUAAGGUCCUUUUGGUUGUAUAUGUGCCAAUGUUGGAAUGUAAGUAGGCUAAUAGUACAGAAUGCUAUGCGUUGAACUAAUAUUAGGGUUAGCCUGUUGUUGAACCUAUGACCUUUUGUUGUAAAAAGGCUGUUGUUGAUGAAGUUUA